AAAGAUCCCAUUCCCACUCAAGUGAUGGAGGCUUGUUUUUAGGGGGCAGCCCGUGGAGACAUGAGUUCCCAUGUGCUCUAAACAGCCAUGGAACAGGCCACAAAAGGCAGAAAAGCUGGAUACUCCCUGGUGAGCAGUUCUUCCAUCUUCUCAACAGGUCAGGUUCUCAAUACCAGCUGCUCCAAGCCCUGCUUAUUUGUUCUAGAAGAUAGUUCCCAAUGGACAUGUACCUGUGAAAACACUCUCUAGUAAACAUUUGCAUUGUUAUUGAAAUAACACUCUAAAAUCCCAAAGCCAGGUAAAGCCUAAUUGCCAGUGUCACUGAUGGAGAAAUCCAGACAUUAAAAAAACAAAACAAAAAACCCCGAAUUUGUUGAGCUGGUGGGUGCUUGGAAGAAUGAAGUGAAGCACUAGGUCUUCCCUUAGGUCCUCACGAGUCCUGUGCCCUGCAGUACAUUGUGUAUCUGGAGCUGAAAACGUCACAGGUGCCCGACUAUGGAAGACUUGGCUCCCUGCACACUUCCUUCUGUGGGGGAAUGACCAGUACAAGCCUGCUGCGAGAAGUCUUUGGGACUGAGUCUCUGAGAGAAGGCAGGUGCAGCUCGUGCCCUCGGAGCUACUCACCUGCUCUGCGACUUCUCACCAUUACCUUGACCAUGACUGAUGGCAGCCACAUCACCCUGUGGAGGCAGAGUGGAAGGCACAGAAUAGGAGGCGGUGCCACGCAGGGGGCGAGGGGAGAGAUGGUCUCCGGCACAAGGAACACCACUCACUGAAAGACUUUCCGAGACACACUUCAUCUCUUCUUCCUGGAGCAAGCUGAGCCAUUGAGAGCCAUUAUUUCUAGAAAAUCCUAAGGGACUUUCUGUCCUCCUAAGGGUCCCUCUGAUUUUGUACUUGUGGAAAACACAUGCACAGUAAUGUAUAGAUUUCAGAUGUAGUCUGAGUUAAGAGGACAUGUACCCCAAUUCUCUUCCUCGUCUUUCAGAUCUAGGCAGACCCUGACCUCUCAGUUGUGCAGUUUCGCGCCUGGCCCUCCGCAGACAAUAAAUGUCUGUGCCAAGUGAGAACAGCUUGCUGGGGCAGGUCGAAGUCAAUCCUGCGUCCCUCCCUCCCUUUUUUCCUCCCCGUUUGACCUUUGGGGCUCUGGUUUCCUGCAAGUAGUGAAUUAUUCAUGUUUGCACAUAGAUAUCAAAUUGGCCCUUCCCAGGUUGCCAGCAGGGUGGGGCAGGUAGGUGGCUUUGUUCAGAGUCUGUAAAUAGGAGGAGCCACCUCCUUGUUGAAACAGCACUUACAGGUGGGUGACUGUUUUUGCUAAGUCAUCGUGGGGAUGCUCAAAGCCCCAUUGUGAAAUCUUUCCUGCCCUGCCGGGCUCCUCCUUCCUCCCCACCCCUUUAAUAGACCCUUAAGUGGGCUCCUGCAGAAGGUUCUGCACCUUCACCAUGGCUUACAUAGCCAAGUCCUUCUACGACCUCAGCGCUAUCAGCCUGGAUGGGGAGAAGGUAGAUUUCAACACGUUCCGAGGCAGGGCAGUGCUGAUCGAGAAUGUGGCCUCGCUCUGAGGUACAACCACUCGGGACUACACCCAGCUCAACGAGCUGCAAUGCCGCUUUCCCAGGCGCCUGGUGGUUCUUGGCUUCCCUUGCAACCAAUUUGGACAUCAGGAGAACUGUCAGAAUGAGGAGAUCCUGAACAGUCUCAAGUAUGUGCGCCCUGGGGGUGGAUUCCAGCCCACCUUUACCCUUGUCCAAAAGUGCGAGGUGAACGGUCAGAACGAGCACCCUGUCUUCGCCUACCUGAAGGACAAGCUCCCCUACCCGUAUGAUGACCCAUAUUCCCUCAUGACUGAUCCCAAGUUCAUCAUUUGGAGCCCGGUACGCCGCUCAGAUGUGUCCUGGAACUUUGAGAAGUUCCUUAUUGGGCCGGAAGGGGAGCCCUUCCGCCGCUACAGUCGCACCUUCCCUACCAUCAACAUUGAACCUGACAUCAAGCGCCUCCUCAAAGUUGCCAUAUAGACACAAGCUUCUCAGCACACAGACCUACUCCAUCCAGCCCUUAGGUCUCUUUCCUUAGGAUUCUUUAUGCCUUCAGGAGAUACUGCUAGACCGAAGCUUUCCCUUGGGAUCAGCCCCUUUCAUUGAAGAGUCUUGCCUUUCCAGUCUGCCUGUCUCCCUCCCCUCCCCACAACCUUCCGUUUGGUGAUUCUACUUGAGCUCAAGACGUGGGGGGGCUCUGGGCCUUCACAGAAUGAUGGCAUCUUCCAAAAGUGUAUGGGCGGUGUCUGAGAAGUGUGAAGGGCUCAGAGUCAGCCUGCUAGAUGAGUCUAAUAAAGGGCAGGUGUGGAAAUGA